AUGAGCCUCAUCUUGACUGAAAUGUUUCUUUAAAAAAAAUCACAACACAAAAGACCCGCUCGGACUUUGAGGCGAUGAAGGCACAUGUCCCGCCUCCAACACUACGUAGUGUCAUUUGAUUGGCUGAGAACGCCGGGUACUGAAAGCGUAUUGACUCUCCGUCGCUGUCAAUCUCUGUGGAGGCGUGUCCUCAGCGCCGGGAAGCAGCCAGUCGCCUCAGCCCGGACAAGUGUCACCGGCCCCGGGGCUCACACACGCUCAUCCACCGGUGAAGAAGGAGAAAACAGAGCCGACGGCAGGAAGCGGACGGGCGGCGGGUGAAAUGGACGAACCCUCGGAACAAAUGAGACCCCUCCUGAGAACAGGUCUAGAUGAAGAGGCCAUAGUUGACCAUGGAAAGACCAGCUUCACCACUCACUCAAACUAUGAGAAGGAAGAGUUGGAAAGCCACAGAGCAGUAUACGUAGGUGUCCACGUUCCUCUUGGAAGAGAGACCAAGCGGAGGCAUCGCCACCGAGGACACAAACACCACCGAAAGAAAAGAGAGAGAGAUGCUGAGGAGGGGAAGGAAGAUGGCCGGGAAUCCCCAUCUUAUGACACACCCUCCCAAAGGGUCCAGUUCAUCUUGGGUACAGAGGACGAUGACCUGGAGCACGUCCCCCAUGACCUCUUCACUGAGCUGGACGAGCUGUCCUUCAGGGACGGCAGCAAUGCCACGGAAUGGAAAGAGACUGCCAGAUGGCUGAAGUUUGAGGAGGAUGUGGAAGAUGGUGGUGAGAGGUGGAGUAAGCCCUACGUGGCUACAUUGUCGCUUCACAGCUUAUUUGAACUACGUAGCUGUAUACUCAACGGCACUGUCAUGCUGGAUAUGAGAGCCAACACUAUCGAGGAAAUCGCAGACAUGUUGAUAGACAGCAUGGUGGCUUCGGGCCAGCUGAAGGAGGACCUCUGCUGCCAGGUGCGAGAAGCCAUGCUGAAGAAGCACCACCACCAGAACGAGAGAAAGCUCAGCAAUCGCAUCCCUCUGGUGCGCUCCAUCGCUGACAUAGGCAAGAAACAUUCCGACCCGCUCUUGCUUGAGAGAAACGGAGAGGGCCUGUCCUCUUCACGUCUUUCUCUCCACAAGCCAGGGGCAUCCUCCUCUGUCUCCAACCUGUCCCAGAGACGAGAAUCCCGAGUCUCCGUCCUGCUCAACCACCUCCUGCCCUCUUCUUCCUCCAACACUGGGUCCACCCUAGGCCCCUCGCCCCUCACCACCCCACAAAGUACCCCAGCUUUCUUCCGGCGCUCCUCCCAAAGCCCACCACGCACCCGUGGCACAGGCCCUGGCCCUCAAGGCAUCCCCGAGGUGGUGGUAUCUCCUCCAGAGGAUGACGACCCACCAAACUCGACAGAAGAUGAGGCAACAUCGCCACAGCUCAGCCGACGAACAUCCUUGGCAUCCCAGAGCCUCGAGCUGCUGCCCUUAGAAGGACCAUUGAUAUCUCCGAACUCCGUCCCAAACAACCUGGAUGGCAAUAAGGCUGUGGAGAGGAGGCCAUCCAAAGUAGGGGUCAGUAGAGAAAGCAGCAGUGUCGACUUCAGCAAGGUGGACAUGAAUUUCAUGAAAAAGAUUCCUCCGGGUGCUGAGGCUUCCAACGUGCUGGUGGGAGAAGUGGACUUCCUGGAGAAGCCCAUUAUUGCCUUUGUGCGACUGUCUCCUGCGGUCCUUAUCACAGGCCUCACAGAGGUGCCUGUUCCCACGAGGUUUCUUUUCCUGCUUUUGGGUCCUCACGGCAAAGGCCCGCAGUACCAUGAAAUUGGCAGAUCAAUGGCCACACUCAUGACAGAUGAGAUUUUCCAUGAUGUGGCGUACAAAGCCAAAGACCGAACGGAUCUCCUCUCUGGGAUUGACGAGUUCCUUGAUCAAGUGACUGUCCUGCCUCCUGGGGAAUGGGAUCCCACGAUUCGGAUCGAGCCUCCCAAGAAUGUCCCAUCUCAGAUGAAGAGGAAGAGACCGUCCCAGCCCAACGGGAGUGCGUCUCCAGCAGGUGAGCUGGAAAAGGAUGAGGACCAUCAUGAAGGACCUGAGCUGCAGAGGACGGGGAUGAUAUUUGGAGGUCUGAUCUGGGAUAUCAAGCGGAAAGCACCGUUCUACUGGAGUGACAUCAGGGACUCCUUCAGUCUGCAGUGUCUUGCCUCCGUCCUCUUCCUCUAUUGCGCCUGCAUGUCCCCCGUCAUCACAUUUGGAGGUCUGCUGGGGGAGGCCACAAAAGGCAACAUAAGUGCUAUAGAGUCUCUAUUUGGGGCGUCGCUGACAGGAGUGGCGUACUCCCUCUUCGCAGGCCAGCCCCUCACUAUUCUUGGCAGCACGGGGCCCGUUUUAGUGUUUGAGAAGAUCCUCUUCAAGUUCUGCAGCGACUACGGCCUCUCCUACCUGUCACUGCGAACCAGCAUCGGCCUGUGGACAGCCUUCAUGUGUCUCGUCCUGGUGGCGACAGAUGCCAGCUCCUUGGUCUGCUACAUCACCAGAUUCACAGAGGAGGCCUUUGCCGCGCUCAUCUGCAUCAUCUUCAUCUACGAGGCUCUAGAGAAGCUGUUUCACUUGGGGGAACACUACCCUGUCAACAUGCACAACGACCUGGACAAUCUUACUCUGUAUUCGUGUCAGUGCUCUCCUCCAGCCAAUGUCACAUAUGAGCAGGAGCAGAAGUGGAAUCAGUCGGGAUACAGCCCAGACUCUGUCCCCUGGGGCAGCCUCAAUGUUUCGAUGUGUAAAACGCUCCAUGGGGAGUUUGUGGGUCCGGCCUGUGGUCACCAUGGUCCCUACAUCCCAGAUGUUCUCUUCUGGUCGAUCAUCCUCUUCUUCACCACCUUCUUCCUCUCCUCCUUCCUCAAGCAAUUCAAGACGGAGAGAUAUUUUCCCACCAAGGUGCGUUCCACUAUCAGCGACUUUGCUGUGUUUAUAACCAUCAUGAUCAUGGUGCUGGUUGACUAUCUAAUGGGCAUCCCAUCUCCGAAACUGAAUGUUCCCGACCGCUUUGAGCCUACUUCAAAGAACCGAGGCUGGCUAAUGGACCCGCUAGGAGAAAAUCCCUGGUGGACUCUGCUGGUGUCUGCACUUCCUGCCCUGCUCUGCACCAUCCUCAUCUUUAUGGACCAGCAGAUCACUGCAGUCAUCAUAAACCGCAAGGAGCACAAACUCAAGAAAGGCUGUGGCUAUCACCUGGACUUGCUGAUCGUGGCAGUAAUGCUGGGUGUGUGCUCCAUUAUGGGCCUGCCGUGGUUCGUGGCUGCAACCGUCCUCUCCAUCUCCCACGUGAACAGCCUGAAGGUGGAGUCUGGCUGCUCCGCUCCAGGAGAACAGCCCAAGUUUCUGGGCAUUCGAGAGCAGCGUGUCACUGGGUUCAUGAUUUUUGUCCUCAUGGGUUGUUCCGUUUUCAUGACGUCAGUGCUCAAGUUCAUUCCAAUGCCAGUGUUGUAUGGAGUCUUUCUCUACAUGGGUGUCUCCUCCCUCAAAGGAAUUCAAUUCUUUGACAGAAUCAAGUUGUUUGGUAUGCCUGCCAAGCACCAGCCGGAUCUGAUCUAUCUCCGCUAUGUGCCGCUGUGGAAGGUCCACAUCUUCACCCUGGUGCAGCUCACCUGUCUGGUGCUGCUCUGGGUCAUCAAGGCCUCUGCAGCAGCUGUUGUGUUUCCCAUGAUGGUUCUGGCGCUGGUCUUUAUCCGAAAGCUUCUGGACUUUUUCUUCACCAAGAGAGAGCUGAGCUGGCUGGACGACUUGAUGCCAGAAAGCAAGAAGAAGAAAGAGGAUGACAAGAAAAAGAAAGCUCGAGAAAAACUGGAGGCGGAGUCCAGGCUGCAGGAGGAGGGGAUGGGACUGAAGGUCGGCUUUGAAGGCUCGAACCACCUCAGCAUCCCAGUGAAAUCACUCUCAGGGAGCCAGGAGAAGGUGGCCUGCGUUAGAGUGGACGUCAGCCCCGAAUCGCCUGGAGGAGGUUCCACUGCAGAGACCUUCCUGUGAUAAAAGGGAGGCCCUCCUUCCCUCCUGCUACCUUCUCGCACACCAACACUCCAUCUUAGUGGGAAAGAGGGGCGUAAAACUGAAGCAGCACAACCUGCCUGCAGAGCUGCCACCUCCAGGGCGGCGGACGAGCUCCCUCCCCUACACCCCAGGGCUGUGAGUCCUUCUCCACUCAAGUCUUGAAGGGUGCAGCACAUAAUGUACAAAUAGCUGCCAUGAUGUACUGUAGAGCACACGUCUCAGAGGAACGGAGGAAUUCUGCUGUCAACUGCCCACCGACGCUCACUGUUUAGGAACUCUCUCUAGCAAAUCACCUGUUCAAACCACAGAUGCCAAAGUAAGGGGCCUACCUAGUGGAGAUUGUUGGACUGUAUGAAUUUGAUUUUAUUUCUAACCCCUUGUGUAUUUUAAUUUUAACUUUACUGUCAUUGUUUUAGCUGGUCGCAGUACUGUAGAUGUCUGUGAGUGGUCCUGUCCCGUUUGUCUCUGUGUGUUUCAGGUUGGAUUAAGACCUUUCGCUAAACGACACCAGCUUCUAACACUCGUUCGAUUAUGAGGCCAGGCCCCGUCAGUGACGGAGGAUUUAAUUUCAGAAUUGGCCUGGCGCAUUACAGUAAACAACACAAACCAAAACCAAGGUACGUUCAGUCAGACGCCACACGACUACUGCAUACGUCUUUAUAGACUUACUUACAAAUACCUUCCCCUUCCUCCAGGGGGAGCACUCAGUGUUGAUAAUGCUGCUUUAAAAGUCGGUCAGUUUAUUUUCACUGUAAACCUCACUGUUUAUAUGAUAUGUGCUGUUAAAGAAAUAUCAUUAUAUGUAUGUAUGUAUGUAAACUGUGUUCUUUUCAUUUGUAACAUUAUAGAAAACCUACUUCUGAGGCCAUAUAAAGUCUGUACUGUACAGUAAGCACUUUCCCAGUAUAGUUUCUUACCUAAAAAUGGAUUAUAUAGUGUGUUUAAUGAAAAGGAUUCUUCUCCCACAGUAUCUACAGAGCUGUUGUUCAAAUGUCAAACAACUCAGGAAUCUCGAAGGAUUUCUGACCGUAGUCACUUGAUAUUUUUCUCACAAGGCGGCGAUAAUUAACUGUCCACUGUAUUCCUGUCAUCGCUGGUACCACGACUAUUUUCAUAAAUGCUGUAAAUCAUUAAAUCUAGUGAGGUGCAGGAGAAAAACAACAGUAUAUUUGUGACCCUGGUUAGUUGCACCUGUUUUUAUACUGUCUGUAAUAAUGUUAGUGAUAGUGUACGUGUGGUGUAAAGACUAGUAAACGUCUAGCGUUGCAAAUCAUUUUAUGCAAGUCUACAGUAAGUGUAAAAAUAUUCUAUUCUAUGAAGUUGUUCUUAUUUUGCUAAGUGCAGUCCUGUUUUAGCAAUAAGUGUUCCAUACCGUGCAACGUAUGGACUCGUGACUCUGAGCUCAUGUUCAGGCAAAGGAUAAUUAGUGAAACGAUUUUCGUGUGCGUUUCAUCCGCUCUGUCUGUGUGUAGCUACAGUGACUAUACGAACAAUAGCUUAUCUACGUGCCUUGUUGGAGAUCUUAAUGUACAAGUCUAAUAUAAGUGUUCAGAACACACACACACACACACACACACACACACACACACACACACACACACACAAACAAGGUGGCACACAAACGCCAAAGACAGACCAUCUUCACUUUACGUGGCUCAGAGUUAUGUUUGUCUAAAUGUGAUUCCACGUCUGUGUGAAGGUCGUAGCCUGAGCCACCGACUCGCACCAUGUGACUUGUGCUAUCUUCCAUUUACAAAUGUAACUCUAACUGUGCACAGUGUUUCUACUGCCACAGCACAAACGAUCUGUAAUCAGUAUUGAGGUACUGUGUUUUGUUUUUUUUAAUUAUCAGUGAAUGUCAAAUUACUUUACUGGCAACAUCAGACAUGAUGUUUUGUCCAAUCAUGCUUUGAAAUCCUGGUUAUAGCUCUCUACAUAAAAAUGUAAUUUGUC